UAGAAAGCCUGAGAAACAGCAACCCCCAGUUUUGUGCAGCUGGCGAAGCCUGAAAGCGGCUUCCUGGUGGGGGCGGGGGAGGAAAUGGCCUGUUUGAAGCCUUGCAAGCCGCCCCAGCAGCGAUAAUCGAUAAUCUCGCAGCAGCUGCAUGUGCAGCAGAAGGAAGCCGAGCCCCUGCUCCCGUAGGAAGGGGGCCAGAUCCCCGAAGAGCCUUCUGUUUUCUGUAUGUCUUCCCUGCAGGAGCAAAACCUUGUGUGUGAUGCUGACAUCCGUAUGUCUAAACGCCCUAAAUAAUUUGUAGCACGAUUGGGAAAAGGAAAAAAAAAGGACCCUGGGAGAUCAGUUUGAGGAACCGGCGCCGUUUGCCCAAUGCUCGCAGCAAGAGAGGGAGGUCUGUGAGCAACACCCGGUGCAGGCCGACGUUGACACAAGCCUGGAAAGGACAAAAUGGCUGCCGAGCGGGCGGUGGCGGCCAACCUCCAGAUGGCGGGAGACCAAGUGCUGCAGAUAAAGAUGGAAGAGGAGGAUGAGGAAGAGGAAGAUGGACCGGCAAAAGGGCCUUGCGUCAUCCGGGCCGGGAGCCUGAGGGACAUUUUGGGAUGGCCAGGGCCGGAGCAGGUCAAGCAGGAGCUGGGCGAAGAGGUGCCUCAGUGCUGGGAAGCCCACGGCCAGGAGCCCCUGAGACUCAUCCAGUCGCCUCAUUCGGGAUGGGGGCCCCCUCAGCAGCCGGAGGAGCUCAUCCUGAGGCAACGAGGAGCAAGGAGACAGGAGCAGCAGGUGCCGGUCCUUUUUGACGAGAUGGACGUCCAUUCCCCGGAGGCCGACCACACCUUGCUGGACAGACGGCGGUAUCUCCGCAGGGAGGCCAAGCAGAGGCUGGAGAGGGAUACCAGCUCACUCACUGGCUCUGCCGUGCCGAUGCCACAUUUCCCGAAGAUGAGCCGCCGUGGCACCAACUGGUCGUACGCCGAGGUGAUUGAUCUCCUGGAUAUCUGGGGGGAGCAGAGGAUCCAGCAGGUCCUUCAGAGCAGCCACCGGAACAUGGACACGUUCCAGGUCAUUGCCAACGAGAUGGCCAAGAGAGGCCACGAGCGGACAGCCCAGGAGUGCCGCACCAAGACCAAGACGAUGCGCCGGGACUACAAGAAGGUCAAAGAGAACAACUGCUCGGGGACAGGGCGCCUCACCUGCCCCUUUUACGACCAGCUGGAGCAGAUUCUGGAUUCCGGAGCGCCACAAUCCGCGGGGCAGGCCCAGAGUUACGGACACCAGGAGGAGUCAGGGGGAGAUGAUGGUCCCCUGUGUGGCCUGGAGGACGGGGGGCCCCACGAGUCUGAGGACUACCUCGAGCCCCACGACUUCUUCGACCCCUCUGCCCAGUUCUCCAUCGAACUCGUCGAUUCUGUGGACUCCACCACAGUGGUGUGCAAAACAGAGGACGACUCUGAGGAGCCAAUAAGCACCCCUCGGCCGGCCGCGGAAGCCGAUCAUUUGCUCAACCCCUUGCCACCUGCCCCGCCUAGUCUCCCUGGCAGCCCAGACACCACUGGCUCCACAGCAGACGUGCACCCGACCCCUUGCCACAGCCCCUUGCCUGGGCCAACGGGCCUCUCGGCCGCUGAACGCCUCGCCAACAUCCGGAACCGGCACAAGAAGACCAGGAACGAUUUGGCCGCGGAGCUGGCGAUGGCCGCGGACCUGCGGAUGCAGGCGGCUACCGACAGAAUCCUUUCCGCCCUUGACGGCUACGCCAAAGCAGACCUGGAGGACCGCGAGAAGGACAGGGUGGGCACCGAGCAGAUCAUUGCCAUCAUGCAACGGCAGACAGAACUUCUGGAGCUGCUCAUAUGGCAGCGGCAGUCCACUCCGGCGGCCGUGUCCACUGCCCCCUCACGCCAAGCAUGGCCGCCACGGACAGCCCAAUCCAGCCACCGGCCUGCAGGCCCUUCUUCCUCCCGCCUGGGCGUCCCCAGGCGGCCGUUGACACCCAGGGCCCGUGCCAGGAGAAGGCCUCAGAACUACAGCCCUUGACUCUUGCCUUUGGCAAUCCCCUACAAGAGCUUGCGGUUGUCAGCUUGCCGUGUUUCAUUCUUUAAUUCGGUUAACCUCUUGGGAGUUGUUUUCUCUUCCACACACACACACCAUGCUUUCCCAUUAGGGUUAAAAAGAGAGCGCUGUCAACAAACCGAAGGCUUCAUCCUAACAGCCGUUUGUUCUACCAUUGCUGAAAGCUAACGAAAACCCUAUUUUAAAAAAUAAAGUAUUUUCUUUCUUUUUUAAUAAACGUCGAGCCCUGGCAUCAAAUUAAAAAGGAAAGAAAGCAAAAAGUGAA